AUGAAGGGGUCUGAACCGAAUUCUGAUUCCACAACUCUCCCGGGCCUCGAAGGCUUCUUCUUGCUAGCCACAAAGCCCACAGCAAAGCCCGUGUUUUCACCUUCUCCGAACAAUUUCUUUGGCUGGACCGAGUUCAGAACCGAGUCAUCCUUUUUCGAAGUCUUUCUCGUCGAGAUUGUUGUCACGGCUCGUCGUGAUUUUGGGCUCAUGCUCGAGAAGCCCUUUUUGCUCGUUUCCCUCGAGAUCGACUUCUCUUCAUUAAUGUCCUGCAGCUUCCAGAAGCACGAUUUUCUCCGGGCCAGCCCGAAAAUCUCGGUGGGCCCCACAAGAGUCCCUUUCCGGGCCCCGGACAUGAUCUCAACAGGCCCUAAACUGAUCCCUCUCUUCUGA